AUGGAAGGGUUUGAUGGUUUGGCAAAGUUGGAAGAAUUGGAGUGUGGUAGUAAUAGAAUUAGGAAUGUGAGUGGUAUAACGAAUGAGAUGGGUAAGUCAUUGAAGCAAUUAUGGUUAGGUCGUAAUAAGAUAGCAAGUAUGUUAUUACCUUAUAUGCCUGCAUUAGAGAUAUUGUCAUUUCAAUGUAAUCGUUUGGAGAAUUGGGAUGAUGAUUUAUCUAUUAAAUGCCCUAAUCUUAAAGAGUUAUAUGUCAGUGAAAAUCAUCUACCAAAUCCACCAUGUUCAAUCAUUGGUCUUAAACAACUUCAUACACUUGAUCUUGGUAAUAAUAAAAUUCAAAAAUUAGAUUUCAUUGGACAAAUGAUUUGGUUAAAAGAAUUAUGGCUGAAUGGAAAUGAUAUACAGGAGUUGGAAGAAGUAAGAAAGCUAAGUACUUUAGUAAAUUUAGAUACAAUCUAUCUUGAGCAUAAUCCCAUUAAAGAUCAAUUGGGACCAGGAUAUAGACAAGCAGUAUUAGAUAUAUUACCAAAUCUGAAGCAGAUUGAUGCUAUAUAUCUAGGACAAAUUGUUGUUACAUAA